UAUGUCAACAUGAUAGCAUGUCAAUUGUCAAUAUGUCAAUGUCAAAUCAAGCAUAAAAUAAAAUGGUGGUUGUUAUGCAGAUAAUACUUUUGAAAAUAUGUUUUUAAAUCCGUUGAUUUAAUUUAACACCUAGGAUUUUACAGAUAAGGGAAAUAUGUGCAUAUAUCAAACGUAGAUAGGUGGGCAGGAGUUGUGUAAAGUUUAAUCAUCACCAUAAUUACAAAAAUUAUUCAGAUAUUCAUUGGCCAGGAACGGUAGCUACUGCGAAUGUUUAUAACAUUGAAACAGACCGGAAGUGGUCAAAUUAUCUAAGUUAUUCUCUUUCAUUUUUAUAAAUUGCUAAAUUUGUAAAUGAAGUGCCUUGAUUCCUCUUUUUAUUCUUGCUAAUAAUGCAAAUAAAUUACAAAAUUUAGCAGUUAAAAAUAUUGUAUUACUUGUCCACAUAAUCUAUUAGAAUUAUUAGUUGGAGUGGUUUUAUUGGAAAAUAGCCUUGUUUCUGUUUUAGUGAACUGUAUUAUGAUAGUCAAAACACUGAAAAAGUGAUGACAAGCCAGAAUUCAUCAUUUACACAGAGGUAUCAGCCUUAUAUUUUUGAUCAGUACCGUCAACCUGAUGGCCAAUGGGAUUCCUCAUCGGCCCCAAAUCCACCCUCAGUUCCUGUUAGAGGUGUCAAAAGAAUGACCCCUAAUGAAGUUUCCCAUUCUUUUGAAGAUUCAUCCUGGAUGACACCCCAAGAAUUACCCCAACAAAUGGAUAUUGAUGUAGUACACCAGUGUAAUUUACUUAUGAGACAAAAUAAUAUGAACACAAAUCCUUCUGAUGCUACCAACUUUAGAAACCAUAUUGCCAAUAGUGAUCAUGAUGUAAAUGUUAAUCAUGUACAAAGCCCUUUAAGAUCCAGUUCAAAAUAUGCUUUCUCCUGUUGGUUCCACGGGAAAAUAUCCCGAGAUGAAGCUGAAAACCUAUUGCGUCCAAGGUCUGAUGGCCUGUUCCUAAUAAGAGAAUCAACAAAUUUCCCUGGGGAUUACACCCUAUGUGUGUGCUUCCAAUCAAAAGUCGAGCAUUAUAGAGUAAAAUCAAAUAGUGGUAGAUUGACAAUUGAUGAUGAAGAAUUUUUUGACAACUUAGAAGACCUCAUAGAACACUACAAAAAUGAUGCCGAUGGACUGUGUACAAAAUUAGUAAAAACUUUACCCAAAGAAAAUGAAGCCUUAUAUUCCAACACCAACAAAACUACAACAGUUGUCAAGGAAGGAGAUGACCUUUUUGUUAUACCUGAACAGGAACUCACAAUAUGCGAAUCAAUAGGUAAAGGAGAAUUUUGUGAAGUAAUGUUGGGAAAGUGGAAGAACAACAAAGUAGCCGUUAAAGUAUUAAAAGAUUCGAGUGAAGCUGAAGCAAUUUUGAUGAAAUCUUUGCACCACGAAAACUUAGUCAAUUUGCUGGGAAUUGUAAGGAAAAAAGACCAGAUCUAUCUAGUAACUGAAUACAUGAGCAAAGGAAGUCUUGUCGACUAUCUCAGGUCCAGAGGCAGACAGCACGUCACCAAAAAGGAUCAAAUUAAUUUUGCCUUUGACACCAGCUCUGGCAUGGAGUAUUUGGAAAAAAUGCACGUAGUUCACAGAGAUUUGGCGGCGAGGAAUGUUCUGAUAGCCGAAAAUGGAAGAGCAAAAGUCUCUGAUUUCGGACUAGCUAGAAAUGAGAAAAACGCCACUUCAGAGUCCGCCAAAUUGCCCAUCAAAUGGACUGCGCCUGAAGCUCUCAAGCAAAAUAAAUUUUCAAAUAAGUCGGAUAUGUGGAGUUUUGGCAUUCUAUUGUGGGAAAUCUAUUCUUUUGGAAGAGUUCCAUACCCAAGGAUACCAUUGGCAGACGUUGUAAAGCAUGUGGAAAAGGGUUACAAGAUGGAAGCACCUGAAGGAUGUCCUUCUGAAGUUUAUGAAAUUAUGAGACAGGCAUGGGAUCUGAAUCCUGAAAAGAGACCAAAUUUCCACGAAGUCAAAGCAAAACUCGGACACUUGAAACAGCAAACUACAUUGUGAAAUUUUUUUAUUUAAUAUAUAAAUAUUGAGUAGUGUUUGUUAGAGUGGAUGUGGUAUGCGUAGUAUUUAUUAUAUGCAAAAAAAUAAUAAUUUUAACGUAAUUUAUCAAUUUUAUAGUAAAUCAUUUCAGCGAUCACCAUUUUUAUUAACAAAGUCAUUAAUUUUCAAAAUUAUUUUUAACAUGAGUUUCAUUACAGCUCUUAAAUUAAAAGCAAUGUUCAGUACCUUGCAAUUUUGGACAAACAUAAACAAAAACUGAAGAAUAUAGCCAAUACUCGAAUACUUAAACUCUUAUAAAAUAUAGUCAGUUGGAAGACUUAAUGGUUCAUAGGCCCCUGUAUCUAUGCAAUUACAAAUGCUAAAACAAUUACAUUGCAAUUUUUUUUAAUGGUAAAAAUUAUUUCUUAUUAUUAGCUAUUAUUAUGUAUAUCCCGAUCAAAUUAAAAUAAGGGCUGUAGUGAAAUACCAAUUGAAUAAUACUAGAUCUUAUACUAUGCAGUUGAGUCUUAAGUAGUAUACAACAUACAUUUCUGUUUUUUCCUAUUUUAUUUUAAUUUGAUACUUAUUUUGGUUUGUGUAUUUAAAGUAAAGGCCAGUAGAUUUAAGACUCUCUAAUAUAUUAUUAUUUUUUUAUGAUUUUUUUCAGUAUAUAACCAUUAUGACAUCUAAUUAUAGUAUCCAUGACAUGUAGAAAUUUAUGUGUGAUAUUUACUGCUUACAGGCUCAUUUUCAUAGCAUAGAAUAAUAGUUUUUUUAUAUAUGCUCGUAAUAAUCUUGAAUAUUGGUGAAGUUGUCUGUGCUACAGGGUGAUUGUAUAUUAAGUGGCAUUACUCUCACUGAGCAUUUAUCGUAAAAGUUUGUGAUAACAUUUAAACGGCAUUCUUAUUUGAAAUGUUCUCUAAUAUGUAGGAACUUAUUAAAAGGUUAAAAAAAAAUAGUCCAGCUAGAAAAAUGUUAAUUUAUGAAAAUUCAGCAAUUCCUCUUUACAAUUGGCAUAUAAAUUAAAGAAUUGUGUUUCUAAGUGUAUUAAUUUUUUUCUAUCUAGCCUAUUUAACUUUUUUUUUAUUAACCAAUUCUAUCAUUACUAUGUUACAAGGCUUGUUGUUUGAACCCUUUUGUGAAAAGUUUGAGGUAAAUCAAUAAUAAGAAAUUUUAAGUAUUUGUCAAGAAAUGCUUACUAUAGUCUAUAAUUUAUAAUUAAUGAUAAGAUGUCUUCCACCUUAAGUUAUAAAAAUCCAAGGGCGGCUCCAGGCCGAUUUUUCGGAGGCCAUUGCCAUUCCUUUUUUAGCAUAUGUUUUUAAUAAAAGGCUCAUGGAUUGUAAGAAUUUGAUUCUCGGGGCCCCCUCCCUGGAGCCUUCCUUGUAAAGAUCCCUGAAUAGUGAUAAUAUAAACACUUUAAAAUAAACGCCUAUACAAAACAUGACUUAUUAUUCUAUUUGUAUAAUUUAAUGCUACGUAUAAGUUCCUGUGUAAAACUGAAACAUUUUAAAUGUUAUUUAUUAAAAAAACAUUUUAUGGUGAAAGAUCGUGGGUGUAUUGUCUCUUGAAAUAAAUUGAGUUGUAUAUAUUUAUUUUUCAGAAUUCGAAUGCCUAGUAUUUCUUGUGAUAUGUAAAUCUGUUUGACAAUCAAAAAGAUUGUGGUGGUCAAAUUUGUAGAUUUAAUUUUUUGAAUCGCCCUGUACACGUAUUCAAAAAUCUCAUUGAUGUGACGUAAUUAUACGAUAUACCGUACUUUGUUAAUGAAACUACUAUUAUCCCCCAAAAAAAUAUAACUUUAAUAAUAUCGUACAUUAUUUUUUUAUUAAGUUAUUUGCAGUCAGGUUCAAUUGAAAGUUUGUUUGCUUGGUUUUGAUUGUUUCUGAAUGAAUUGUAUUGUUAAGUUGUAUUUAAAUAAUGUAUAUUUUUUAUUUCUAUUUUUAAAUUCUAAUUGAAUUUGAAAAAUAAACUUUUUUAU